AUGAAUGUGAAAGUGAGCAUUUCAGCAGAUAUUCCACUUAAAAAUGAUAAAAAUGUUGGGGUCACACUUCUUACUGAACCUGCAAAACAAGGUGAAGAUGCAAAAUUCAAAAGUACUCAUAAAGGUUUGCACGUUAUACCUUAUUGCAAUCCAGACUUUCAUACAUCAGAUGUUGUAAUUUAUUGUGAAGGUGGUUUGAUUGAGGCUGUUAAGAUUAGGAUUGAUGUAAACUUCUUGAGUGAUUUCCUCUUCAGAUAUGAUCUUAGUAAUUUGCAUUUAGCAGAAACUGUGGUACUUAGGGAACUUUUGUAUACAAUUGAUAUGUCAGAGUCGGAUGGAGCCUAUCACUCCAAAGUUUCUCAGCAUGCCAUCACUGGAACCAAAGUGGACAUCCCUACAGAGGACCACGUGAAAAUUGAUAGGAAUGUUCUGAUUUCAUUAGGACAGGAUGCUUUGUUGAUUCAAGACAAUCAAGUUAACCAUGCUAAAAGGAGAGAGAGAAAGACAAAGGGCGAAGAAGGCCCAAUUGAAUCAACAGCUACUCAAAGAGCAGAAAAUAUUGGCAAUUCACCAAAAACAGGGCAUACACCACAUACUACAACUCAACUUCAUGUGGGGAGAGUAAGCUCCACAGCUAGAGAAGUUCAUGGAGUGGAAAUAAUUAAAAGCAUUGUAUACGGGGGAUUAAUCGAAUCAAUUACAAGCCUUGGAGUCGUGUCAUCUGCUGCUGCUGGUGAUGCGGCCACAU